AUGCUGUGGAGGGUGGCUCUGGCCGUGGUGUGCAUAGGAGGCGCGUGCAGCCGUGUGAGAGCCGACGUGCUGGGCAGAAUGAUCUUGCCCAGGGACUACGGGGUGAAACUGUGCGGGAGAGAGUUCAUCAGGGCGGUCAUCUUCACCUGCGGCGGCUCGCGGUGGAAGCGGUCCACAGAGGGUGACGCAGACCCAUUCCAGUGGACUUCCCUCAGUGAUCUCACAGUGGAGGACAACCAGCAGACCUGGCAACGCGACGCAGAGCCCACAGACACCCGCUCUCCUCUCCCUGUCGCCUCCUCCUUGUCGCUGGCAGACCUUCUGAGCCUUUACAGAACCGCGGGCGGCAGGCAGCAGCCCCCUUCGAGGGUUUCAGACCCCUCGGGGGGGUCCGCAGUUUUAGGAGAGCAGGAUGCUGCUUCCAUCUGGUCCGUCUCGAGCAGGAAGAAGAGGAACUUUUCUCUGGGUGUGGCGGGGAUGUGCUGCAGCCAGGGCUGCACCAAAAACGAUAUUGGUCGCUUGUGUUGA